AUGGAGGCUGUAAUAUAAUGUUGAGGUUGAUAAUAUAAUAUGGAGGCUGUAAUAUAUUGAUAUGAUGUAAUUUACAGGCUGGUAAUAUGGAGGCUGGAAAAUGAAAACCACCAGCACUUCUGAGCUCAGCCAAUCAGAGCUGGAGGGCGGGGCCUGGAGUUCAGGAACAGCCCCGCCCCCAGAAAGGCCGCCUCUCCGUGCAGUUCUCCUUCAGGUCCGCCCAUGCUCCAUAUAAAGGAGGGCUCUGGGCUGAGCAGUCACUGCUCUCUGCUCCUCACACCUAGAAGAUGUCUGGUCGCGGUAAAGGAGGGAAAGGGCUCGGGAAAGGCGGCGCCAAGCGGCACAGGAAGGUGCUCCGUGAUAACAUCCAGGGCAUCACCAAGCCUGCCAUCCGCCGCCUAGCUCGCAGGGGAGGCGUCAAGCGCAUCUCCGGCCUCAUCUAUGAGGAGACUCGCGGGGUGCUGAAGGUCUUCCUGGAGAACGUCAUCCGGGACGCCGUCACCUACACCGAGCACGCCAAGAGGAAGACCGUCACCGCCAUGGACGUGGUCUACGCGCUCAAGCGCCAGGGCCGCACUCUCUACGGCUUCGGGGCUGACAGGGAGGAAAACCGCAGCCACUGUGAGAACGGGGAGACCCGGGAGCAGCUCCGCUGGAGACAGGGUGGGGGCUCUGAGAAGAGCCUUUGGUCCGGUCAGAAUCCAGCGGCCGUGGAGGAGCAGUCCAUUACACACAGGGGACGACCCCUCUACAGCAGCAAUGUCUGCCCGUACUGGCAGCAGGUCAGGAGCGGUAAGUGCCCCUGUGUGACGCCUCCUCCACAGCGGAGAUCAGCGGCAUCGCCAGCUCAGUCGUACAGACCAUGUGGGGGGCUCUUAGAAGAGCCUUUGGUUCCGGGGGGCACAGCAGCAGAGCCGGGCUCACUUGCUCUUGGCCGACUUGGUGCUCUCGGUCUUCUUGGGCAGCAGCACGGCCUGGAUGUUGGGCAGGACGCCUCCCUGGGCGAUGGUGACGCCGCCCAGCAGCUUGUUGAGCUCCUCGUCGUUGCGCACGGCCAGCUGCAGGUGGCGGGGGAUGAUGCGGGUCUUCUUGUUGUCGCGGGCGGCAUUGCCGGCCAGCUCCAGGAUCUCGGCGGUGAGAUACUCGAGCACAGCGGCCAAGUAGACGGGAGCGCCGGCGCCCACCCUCUGGGCGUAGUUGCCCUUGCGGAGGAGCCUGUGCACUCGGCCGACCGGGAACUGGAGCCCUGCCCGGGAGGAGCGGGUCUUGGCCUUAGCCCGGACUUUGCCUCCUUGUUUGCCGCGUCCAGACAUCGUUCUCUACAGCAGAGCAAAAAAACAGCAAGGAAGACUCUGAUGUAUCUCUGCAGAGCCAUGGCCAGAACCAAGCAGACAGCCCGUAAGUCCACCGGCGGGAAAGCUCCCCGCAAGCAGCUGGCCACUAAGGCCGCUAGGAAGAGCGCCCCCGCCACUGGCGGAGUCAAGAAGCCUCACCGCUACCGGCCCGGGACCGUCGCUCUCCGGGAGAUCCGACGCUACCAGAAGUCCACCGAGCUGCUCAUCCGGAAGCUGCCCUUCCAGCGCCUGGUGAGAGAGAUCGCCCAGGACUUCAAGACCGACCUUCGCUUCCAGAGCUCGGCCGUCAUGGCCCUGCAGGAGGCCAGCGAGGCUUACCUGGUCGGGCUCUUCGAGGACACCAACCUCUGCGCCAUCCACAAGAUGUCUGGUCGCGGUAAAGGAGGGAAAGGGCUCGGGAAAGGCGGCGCCAAGCGGCACAGGAAGGUGCUCCGUGAUAACAUCCAGGGCAUCACCAAGCCUGCCAUCCGCCGCCUAGCUCGCAGGGGAGGCGUCAAGCGCAUCUCCGGCCUCAUCUAUGAGGAGACUCGCGGGGUGCUGAAAGUCUUCCUGGAGAACGUCAUCCGGGACGCCGUCACCUACACCGAGCACGCCAAGAGGAAGACCGUCACCGCCAUGGACGUGGUCUACGCGCUCAAGCGCCAGGGCCGCACUCUCUACGGCUUCGGGGGUUAA